CGUGUCGUCGUGUGCGCAUGUGGCGCGGCGGUUUAUUGAAGCGCAUUUGGCCAUUGACCGGUAUCCACAGGAGAACGCCGCGAAGUACCAGCGCGUUUAAUAAAGGGGCACCACAGAGCUCCUGUUGCGAUGCAGAUCGACAACAUAGCUGCUGUACUAGAGCAGCUUCUGUCACCCGUGGGCAUCGAAACAUACCCUUUCAAGAUUACGUGUGGAUCCAGAGAUAUGCCGAGUUGCAGCGCGCGACAGUCGUUCACCUGUGCGUGUCGCCGGUGCUUCCAGAUUUCGUGGUACAACGAGUGCGUGCCGGACGUGUUCGAGUUCCCGUACCACCCGGACACUCUGUGUUUCGUGGCGAUCAGCACGCCGUCGACGUUUGAGAAGGCAUUCCUGCCUUUCAUCCUGGACAACCGGAACUCUUCGCUGAAGGACCCUUACGAUCAGUGCAUGACUGCGUGCUUCGCCAGAGUCAAGCAGGCUUUUCCUGGUGAUGUGCUGGAGGUGAUUCAAGAUUUUGAACUGCACCCUAACCGGCGACCGAAGGUCAUCAUGCAGACCGCCGGUCACGUUGCUGGUGCUGUGCACUACUACAGCUGUAGGGGCAUGCAGUUUGACGAAGAACUCCCACCAAAAAAGAGGCUCCUUGGAGUCAGCAUUCACCCACGGUACGGCGGGUGGUUUGCAUUCCGGGCUGUGUUCAUUUUCCGCAACGUCACCGCACUUGAGCUCCAACGGAGGCAGCCAGUGGAUGUUGUUUGUUCCGACGACCAACGGACAAACCUUGUGCGCCUCUUCAACUUCUCGUGGCGUGAUGGACGCUAUCGCGACGUCAUCGAUGUCGAGGAGCGCUACUCUGCGAAGCAGCAGGAAUACUUCAACACGCUACCCGGACAGAGGUGGCAGCUCAUUGAGAAGUGGAGGCAAGAGGCAGGCUCUUGCGGGCAGCUCAACGGGUGCUGUUGAUGAUGGGUGAAGCUGUUAGCAGGUGAAAAUUCUCGCUGGCAUUCCUCAGGAAAACUGCGUAAAAAAGAAGUUGCAAAUGAAAGCUGCACAUUGGAAGAAAACAAGGAAAUCUAUUGCAUUUUGCACAAUAUGGAUGUGUGACACAAAAAAAUGUGAUAUGAGUGAGUUGUUAUGUCUUGCUGGCAACAUUGAUGCAGCAUUAAAGACAAAAGACGGAAGCAAUAUGCGGUAAAACAAGUGCUUACAGAGGAAGGGGGACCUUAGAUCAAAUAUAUAUAUAUUUUUAAAUCUUUGCUCAUCGAGUUCAUCAUCAAGUUAUGGUGCUGAAAACUUGCGCUACAUAUUUGUAAUGCUAUGUGCUCAUCUUGAAUAUGGGAUUCAUUUUCCUUUAUCACCUUGGGUUCUAAUUUUAUGUGUUUCUUUAAUUUUCUGCGAAGAUUUUCAAAUGAUCAGUUUCUCAGAUUUCACUUUCAGGGUAUCAAUGGCUUCUGUAUGGUUCAAGGAGUGCCGUAAGAGCAACUUUGUUGAUGUGCCUACCCUAGAACAAGGGUGGCAAAACUUUGAAGUUAGGCUUCAUAAGAACACUUUCUCGAGUUUGAACUUCAAAGUCUAAUGCGAGUGCGUGCGUCCAUGCAUGCAUGUGUUGCAUACAUGAUAUAUGAGAAGAAAGGGAACCGAGGGGCCCGAUUUUUAUUAGUCAUAUCAUAAGAAGCCAACAAACAAUGACACGAAGGACAACAUAGGGGAAAUUACUUGUACUUACUAAUUGAAUUAAAGAAAAUUCUUUAAUUCAAUUAGUAAGUACAAGUAAAUUUUUCUUUAAAUCAAAAGUACAAGUAAUUUUCCCUGUGUUGUCCUUGGUGUCAUUGUUUGUUGGCUUCUUAUGAUAUACAUAAUAUAUGUAAUACAUACUACAUGUAUGUAGUACUGGUUUUCAGCACCAUUCCUCAAACAUUGAAGAUUUUUUCAAAUUUUUUGGUCCGCGGCCCAACUCUUCCCUUACGUGUGAAUUUCGAACGACUGCAUUUGGGAAUGCUAGUUUAAAGUGAAUGCUUGUUCUGUUGCAUGCACUUGUUGUGCAUCUUUGUCCUUUGCACUGCAUUGACAUUGCCAGCAAGUUAUGCAUGAGUGAUUACAUUCAAGCUAAUGCUCCUGUAGGUGUUAAGUUGCCUUUGUGUUGAUUUUAUUGUUGACUUGAGGAUAUUGAUGAUGUCAUCAUUGUGGUAUGGCCAACACCAAGUGAUUUCGUUGACAGACACGCUUAAAUUCUUUCACAUUGUUGCAGAGCUGCUGUGUGGCGUCUACGCUGCUACGAGAAAAGCGCGGAACAUUGUGUUAUGCAAACGCACAGGUGUAAUGGCUGCUGUUAUUUAUAUAUAUAUUUAUUUUCACCCUCAUAUUGGUGAUGAGGGCAAUGAGUUGUGAUAUUGAGCCAAUAAUAAGUCCACAAAUGGAUUAAAAAUUCUUUAGGUUCUAGCGGUUGUAUUUCAUUGAAUUCGUUGGCACAGUGAGAAAAAAAAGAAGACUGUCCAUGAUGGCUGGUAUCAGUGCAAAAGUUGGGGCAUUUAGAGAUGGCGAUCUUGUUGCUGUGAAUAAUGUCAGUAUAUAACAAAUGCAUAGCUAUUGAAAUCACGUGGCUGUAGUAGACGGAAAGAAUUUCCAAGUAGGCAACCCUGUAAAAAGUCUGCCUAGGUGCAUGUGCAUACAGAACAGUUGCUGUCGAAUUGCAGUAAGAUGGCGGUCUGAGGGUACCCGUGUAAAUACAUGAGAAGGGAGACAUUGUUUUGCUCAGUGUAAACUGUACCAAAUUCAAAAAGGGUUGUUGCAUUUCAAAGAAAAAGUUAAAAAUCAAAAGACUGGGAGCAAUUUUUUUUAUUUAAGCCACGAUUUUCUCUGACAAAAUUGUGUAAUAUAGUACAUAAACAUGUCAAAAAAAGCGUGAAGUUUACAGCUCUGUAACUAGGCAAAAAAGAUCCUCGUAGACAUUGCAACAAUUUCAUGUAAGCUGUUAACUCGUGCAUCAACUUUAUUCAGUUCAAAUGCUCUGCUAACAGGUACAGUUUACAGAAUGCCGAUAGUGUCUGGCUUUUGUGCACACUUAUGGAUUCGUAAACACAUUCCCUUCACAUUCAUUGAAACUGAAAUGUUCAGCAAUUGUUAAAAAAAAAAAAAGAAAUUGGGGUCCUCAAUGAAAAUAUCACUUAGCAGAAAAGCGUCAGUAGAAUUUAUCCGUAAGCUCAGAAUUUCAUUAAAGUCAGUUCAGAGAUUCUCUAAUAUACGAGCAUUUGAAUGUUUCACAUUAAAGGGAAACUGAAACAUCCACCCAAAUGUAGCAAUUGCUACAAUGGAAACCCAACCGGGUUCCUCGAAAGAAAGCCUCGCAGUUGAAGAAAAAUUCGUCCUGGUCCGGGACUCGAACCCGGGACCACCGCCUUUCCGGGCAGCCGCUCUACCAUCUAAGCUAACCAGGCGGCUAGCCCCUAUUGGAAUGUUUCACAUGUAUUUGAGUAUAGAAGUUGGAGUUGGCGUUGAGGUAAAUCUUUUUAAGAAAAAAAAGAACUCCGAGGACGCCUAAGCACUUGCUACGAGUUAUGAAUGCAAAAACAAUAAUGUCGAAUUGAACGCCACUGAGCGGUCCUUCGAGUUAUAAACUCCUCGCGGGCAAGCAAACGCAUUGAGAUGCUUGGCACGUUUUGAUUUGACCUUACCGAGGCACAGUUAGAACUCAGCUGAGAGCUUGCUCGGCAAGGGAUAACACAGGCUUCCAAGAGUGAGGGUGAUUUGGCAUCGCAGUGAUGCCAUCUCCCCUCACACAACACCUGGUGCACUAUUGCGGCAGCAGGUGUCCCUUUCACCCGCUCUGCUCCAUCAAGGCGCGCUCCUGACGCGCCGUCGCAACCAAUGGGAAUUUAGGUGCCAUUUUGCUGCUACAGACGCCGGCUUUUUUGCUCAAUGAGCCAUUUGACGCUCUCGCGUAAAAAAAAGGUUGAAUUGUCAAUUGAAUCAGAUAGAAUAGAAAAAAUUAAAUGCAAGCAUGAAUUUGUGAAAUAUUUCUGCUACGAAAGCAGCUUCUGCACAUGCGUCGGAGACACGCAGCGGUGGCUCGAUGGCAUUCAGGUGCUGGUGCACAAAGUUGUGGGUUGGAUUCCCAAACGUAGUGGCUGCACUAUGACGGCUGUGGAACGCGAAAACAAAGACACGUUCCAGUGCGUAAGAAAAAUGAAAAGAUGUGCACAGGCAAAAGAUGACAGAAAAAGUCCAGUGCUCUACCUUUUCUGUCGUCCUUCUGUCUCUGCACCUCUUUUAAUUUUCCUUACGUGCUGGAAUGCGUCUUUCUCUAAAUUCCAACUAGCCCAGCUCUCUGCCUUGAAUGCAAAAACAUUUGCGCUUUAUGCAUUGGUUGUGCAGUAGACGAAUCCUAGCUGAUCAAACUUAAUCUGGAGACCUCCAGAGCAUCCCUCAUAGGUCAUUGUAUAGCUUUAAGUAAGUUUCUGCUCUUGCUGACUGCCUUGCCUCUCUCCCUUUCUCAUGGGUCAGAAUAAGAGGAACCGAAUGGCUCGAUUUGUCUGUUAGUAAGAACCAGAUAGCUUCACUUGGCUGUAAUUUUUUUUAAAAUUGUGCAGGAACUAUCGACAAUGAUUAUCAAUGUAAGUGAAUAGCCGAAUGCUUCUGUGUAGAAAGCUGUUUGCUAUAUUAAAGGAUGAGCCUGGUAUUGGUCACCUUCGAAGCAUUACAACAUUGGUAUUGAGCCUGGAACGGCUGUAACUCGGGGGACCGGCUUAUACAUUCUACAUGACUGUUUUUUUUUUUACAUGGUGAUAAAUGUGAGCUGUCCAUUUUAUUCUGGGUUACUGCCGGCAUUGCUGUGUUUGGUUGAAACAUUAACAGUGCCGCGAUGUGAACUCAGCCCACAACAUUUUUUUUUUGCAACUGCAACUAUGACUUAGCACUGGACAUUACUACAGUGGAACCUCGAUGAUAUGAUCUUCACGGGAACCGGAAAAUAAAGCCUAUCAUCCGAAAAUCGUAUCAUCCUAUGCAUUGUCCAACCAAACCAUAUUAUCGGGAAAAGAAAAAAAAAUAUAUAUAUAUAUAUAUAUAUAUAUAUCUUCCUGGAAAAUGUAUUACGCAGAAUCGUAUCAGCGAGGUUCCACUGUAAUAGGUCGGUUUUGUUGAGAUGGUUUAUUGCACACCUUCUGCAAACCCUGUGAGGGUCAACGACACUUACCCGGACUGCAAAAAGUUUCGCAACAAUAUCCAAGACAGUGCAUCAGUAUGGAUGCUGGUCUUCAUUGGCAGACGCAACUUCUGUCAUUCAUAGGUAGUAUUGGAUAUUCAGAGUUUGUUGCAAGUGUAGCUGUGCAGAUUAUUCUUGCAGUUUAUUGCUUAUUCUAGAGUGUGUGCUUGUAUUCUUAAAGGGGCACUAAAGUGCAAUGCUAAAUCAGUUUAGACUUAUAGAACACCAAAAACUAUAUUUUUAUGUUAUGAGGACAGCACACCAGUAAAACGACGUCAGCUCGUUUCGUGGCACGAACACGCCACGAAUCGCACACCUUUAUUUUCGUCACCGUCUAAUGCUGACGGAUAUGUGCACCUCCUCAAUCUCCCCGACAGAGCGCGCUGCGGUUCAUUUGGUGAUAAACAGUCGGCCAUUACUAGAAAAAAAGAAACUAAGAUCAAACUUUCUAGAACUUUUCACUGAAACCUCAGCACCGGUAUGUCAGUGUGACAUCACUGAUUUUGAUGUAUUUUCUUGCAUUUGGGUGAUUUCAGCACAGGAAAUGCUCUCGAGACUUACAAUGCUGGGUCCUUCGUUCUUUCAAAAUGCAAUGUUAAUGAUAUAACAUUAAUGGUACACAGUUAACUAUACUUGGCAUCACGGCGAACUGGUCCGAAACUUUAGGGUGAAACUUUGUAACCUGUGUAGAUUUAGGUGCACGUUAAAGAACCCCAGGUGGUCCAAAUUAUUCUGGAGUCCCCCACUACGGCGUGCCUCAUAACAAGAUUGUGGUUUUGGCACGUAAACCCCCAUAAUUUAAUAAUACAUUUUAAUAAAUUUCUCGUAUACAUUGUAACAAUUCUGUGUAAGCUUGUAACUCAUGCAUCAACUUUGUUCACUUCACAUGCUCUACUAAGAGAUGAGUUUACAGAACGGCAGUGUCUAGAUUUUGCGCAGACUGAUAGAUUUGUAAACUUUGUCCUUCAGUUGUUUUUUUUUUUUUUU